UCGUCCAUCCGCCGUCUAUAUCCGUCUAUUCGUGGUGUCGUCCACCCCCCCCCUCUCUUCCACACGAUCUCUUCCCGCUCCCCCCUUUGUUGGCCUCUCCCGAAUUUCGGCCAUUGCUUAGCAACAUUACGGGGGGAUUGCGACUGUAUAGCCUAUGGAGAGAAACGGACGACGGAUGUUUGAUCGAUCGAAUGAGGGAAGGCCAUAUUGGGUCACAGUUGGGGAGUUGUUUUAACUCGCUCUCCUAACCAGCCAGGUUUCACUGCCAGGCUGAAAUUCGAUUGACGUUUCUCAUUCGGCACAACAAACGGCAAAGACAAAAAAAGUGGAGAAAAAGGGGAAUCGAAAAAUGUCUCCGACCAGUUCGGCAGCAUCCGGCGAGGUGUCGAUCCAGGAACAGGUGGCAGCGUGCAUGGAAGAAUUGCAAAUCCUGGGCACACUAGAAAAAGUCAUCGCUGCCUCCGAGCACAUUUGUAUUGCCACUCCGCUGGGCACUGGGGACUUCCUGGCCGACUUACGGCACGCAUUCCGGCUCAAUGGCAUCGAAACGUGCAUCAAGAACGCACUUGUGUUGUCCCGGCGACGCAAAAACAUGAAGGACGAGCAGGAGCAACUGACCUAUAUGAGGAAAGCUCAAACCCACUUCGAGCGUCGUGUCAGCAAGGCCCUCUUGAAUCUCCAAACGGAUUUGAAACUCUCCCUGCUUCGUCAACGUUCCUCAUCAGAAGCUCAAGAACUAUCAUCAAAAUGGGAUGAGCUCAGCACUUACGAUCAAGACGUCGGCUCCAUCCGUAAUCUCUACUCGACCCAGGACUUGUACGAGGCGGUGGUGGCUCUGCGGGAUCCCGAUUACUCCAUUAACCGGUUGGAGGAGAAAUGGAGCGCGGUCAAAAUUCCAUUAAACGUCCCGACGUUUGAAGAGUUGCAAGAGCUCUUUUCAGACAUGUGCACGAGUGUUGACCCGCUUUUGGGGCUCGGCUCAUCUUUGGUACUGCAGGGCAAUUCAAACGUGACCUUACUCAAUCACCGGAUCACUCUCGGAACAAAAGUGGUGGCCGAGAAUGACAUCCUCCUGUCGGAGGAGUUCGUCAAGGGUGGGUGUCCAUCUCAUCUGCGAAAAGGGCUCUGGAAGCAGGUCCUUCUGUCACACGUUGGCGAAAAAGAGAAGACCUACUUUCAGGCCAAAAAGCACGCCGUCAUCCAAACGGAGUACUUGACAGACAAAAUUAUAAUGAAGGACAUUCAGCUAACGGCGUCGAGAGACGAGCAUUACUUUGUAUUCGAAGAUCUCAUCUACCAGGUGUCGCUCUGCUUUUCACGAGACCCUUACGUCUGCCUCCAAUUGUGCUCGAAAUUCGGGUCGAGAGCGCAGACAACGUCCCGCUUCGCUCAUGCACCCGACAUUUCUUCUUCGGCGAGCGGCGGCAGCAGUGGAACUGGCGGCAGAGCCGACGGCGACGCUAUCGGUGGUCAAUCCUCCGUGACGACGUCCGCUUUCCCGCCGUCCAGUUGCAUCCCUUUCUACGGCUGGGCCAUGUACGUGGCUCCACUGUGCUAUGUCUACGAAGAGGCCGAAGACAUUUACUACACGCUGCGCGCCAUGUACGUCAAGUAUUGGUCGAGAUUACAUCGAUUAUCGUCGCACGGCCAGGGUAUUGUCGCCCUGUCUGUUCUAUUUGAACGACUCAUCCAACAGCAGGAACCCGAGCUCUGGAUUCAUUGUCUCAACAACAACAUUGAGCCGUUGAGAAUCGCAAUGCCUUGGAUGGUUCAGGCUUUCAGCGGCUUCCUCAUUCCGGAACAGUUGCUCUUCCUGUGGGAUCUCAUUCUAGGCUUCGAUUCGAUGCUUCUGCUACCGCUGCUGGCCGCCAGCAUCUUCAGCUUGCGCCGUGAAAACUUGCACCGCAUCUUGUCGCACGACUCGGCCGAGACCAUCUUUUCGGAUUUGUCCACCAUCCAAGUGGUGCCUCUUCUUCAGAUGGCACUCACACAGCAGACCGGAUAAAAUAACAAGGAUCACAAAGAAAAAAAAAGAACUGCGUCAUCGUCAGUUCAUUCAAAUUUCUGGUUCUAUUAUUUGUACCAUGUAGAAAUGCCGAAUAAAAACACGCACAAUGCUUUCUCAAAAUAACUGUAGCGGAAUGCCAUUGCCGAAAACUAGAUUUCGUCGGC